AUGGUAGGUUUAAAAUUUAUGAUUUUUGAUUUAAUGCUAGGCUAAAGAGACUUGUUAUCAUGUUUUAUCGUAUAACUUGUCGUUAUUGACCGCAAAAUGCAGAAAACAUUUUUAGUAGGGUAAAAUAGUCCCUUAUUUUGCAGCUUUAGGCAAUUAUGUUGCUAAUGAACCUCUAGGUGACAUGUUAUACGCUUAAAUAUGAUUAAACACUUUACAUCGUAUAACAUGUCGCGUUAACGGCUACAAACUAUAAAAUAGUUGUGAAACGCUAAAGUACACGAAGGACGGAAAGGUCCGCUGUGCGGAAAGGUCCGCUGCGCGGAAAGGUCCGCUGUGCGGAAAGGUCCGCUAAAAAAAAAGAAAAGAGGGCGGGGAGGGGAGGGGGGAGGUUUUCGAAGGCGCUGAUUUCGAAUAUCGUAUCCAAAGAUUUUCUGAAUCUUACAAUUUUGCUUAGGCAGUAGUGUUAACUAGUAAUUUUAAAAAAAAGACGUAAGUUAUAUUGUACUUGGUGUUUUGAUUUUUAGGUGUGACUAGUCUCGAAAAAAAUUUUUUUUGAAAUGUUUUCGCUUCGAGACUUGAAAAAAAGGAUUUUUUGUGAAAUUUGAAUAAAAUUUGAAAUGUUUUCGCUUCGGGACUUCAAAAAACGGAUUUUUUGUGAAAUUUGAAAAAUAAUUUAAAUGUUUUCUCUUCGGGAUUGGGAAAAAAAAGAAUUUUUUGGAAAAUUCAACAAAAUUUUGAAAUCUUUUCGCAUCGGGAGUAGAAAAAAGGGUGUCUGACUGAAUAUUAACUGUGGUGCCGCCAGCACUAAAAUUUUGUCUAAAACCAAUGGUACCACCUGGUACUUUUUAUAGUACCACGUGUUUUUGGGCUCUACUAAGCACCAAACCAUCACCAUUACUGCCUUACGGCCAAACUUUCACUUCUCACUAAACAGUACCAGUUGGUACUAUAUAGUACCAAGUGUUAAAACGUGUUUUUGGGUUCUACUAAGCACCAAACCAACGCCAUUACCGCCUUACGGCCAAAUUUGCACCUCGUACUAAAUAGUACUACCUGGUACGAUUUAGUACCAAGUGUUAAAAAUGUGUUUUUUAAGCAGUACUAGGCACCAAAACAACACCAUUAACGUCUAAGUGUUAUAAGUCGAAAAAAUUUCAAAAAGAAUCCCUAAAGGUAGUAAAGUAACAGAAACCCAGUUUUCAUAUUCAGUCAGUUCAUACUCAGUCAGCUCGAAAAAAUUUCUAAUUUUAUUCAAAUUUCACAAAAAAUCCUUUUGUUUCAUGUCCCGAAGCGAAAACAUUUCAAAUUUUAUUCAAUUUUCACAAAAAAUCCUUUUGUUUCCAGUCCCGAAGCGAAAACAUUUCAAUUUUUUACAAUUUUCACAAAAAAUCCUUUUUUUCCCACCCUCUUCUUUUCCUUUUUUUAGCGGACCUUUCCGCAGCGGACGUUUCCGUACAGCGGACCUUUCCGCGCAGCGGACCUUUCCGUACUCAAUCCUAAAGUAAGCCUAGUUAAGUGUUCCCAAAAAACUUGUUUAGCAGUUUUAACCGUAGUUGACAUUUUAUACGACAAAACAUGUUUUAUCGUAUACAAUGUCUUCUGCCGUACAUAUUGCGCUCAAACAUAUCUACGAUGAAAAUAUAGGGUUACAAGGAGUAGAAGUCUUAUUUUAGGUGUCUAGUUAGACAUUUAAAGUUCUUUUUUACACCAUUUUUAUCGGUCCUUCAAGGAAUCACCCAAACAAUAUAAAACCCCUAUAACUCACCAAAAAAAUUUACAGAAGUUGACCGUCUUAUCUCUUCUGGCUCUUGUAGCCGCCGUUUCGGCCAAAGGCAAGUUCACGCCUCAUCUGCUUGGCCACAACGAGCUCCCCGUCCAGGCCCAAUCCCUGUCCGGCGAUGCUCUCGUGGACUACGUCAACUCGCUGAAAACCUCAUGGACUGCCGAAAAAUCGUCCGUAAUCACCAGCAAGCCGCUCGAAGAGCAGAAACGUUUGCUCGGCCUGUUGGACAUGCCCCAAGAACUGGAGCAUUUGGUGGUUCUGGGCUCGGAGGAGCUGGAGAUGGCCGAGGAAUUGCCCGAGAACUUUGAUGCCCGCGAAAACUGGCCCGAUUGCAAGAGCAUCAAGCAUAUUCGUGAUCAGGCCAAUUGUGGAAGUUGCUGGGCCUUCGGCGCGGUGGAGGCCAUCUCCGACAGAAUCUGCAUUCACAGCAAGGGAGCGAGACAGGUCAAUGUGUCCGCUGAAGAUUUGCUGAGCUGUUGUGGAACUUGUGGAUAUGGGUAAGGAAUCGAAAAACAUCAAAAUUGAAUUUGGCUAUCAAAAAUAUCCAAAAUGAAGCAAUUUCAUUUAAAAAAAAAAUUUUUUUUUGCACAGUGCAGAUUGGAAUUUUGAAAUUUUUGCACGGUGCGAAAGAAACGGAAAUUAUUUGCACAGUGCAAAGCAAGUCUUGUGAAUUAGGACUUCGUUGCACUGUGCAAAAAAAUUUCCGUUUAUUUCGCACUGUGCGGAAAUUUUGGUCCAUUUUUCAUUGCACUGUGCAGUUUGGAAUUUUUAGUUUUUAGCACAGUGCAAUUGAAAUUUUAUCGAAUUUUUUGCACAGUGCGAUAAGAAAUUGGAAUUUUUCGCACAGUGCAAAGAAAAUCUGGGCUUAUUUUUCACUGCACAGUGCAGUUUGGAAUUUUGGAAAUUUUGCACAGUGCAAUUGCAAUUUUCUCAAAUUUUGGCACAGUGCGAAUGAGCGACGACGUUUUUGCAUGCACAGUGCAUCAUAAAUAUAAUUUUUUUUUAUUGCACAGUGCAAAAAAAUUUUUGUUUGUUUUGCACUGUGCGGAAAUUCGAAAAAUUUUAUUUGCACUGUGCAAUGAGAAAAAAGCGGGAAAUUAAGCUUGAACAGUGCAUAAAACAAAUAAAAAAUAAUAAAUUAAAAAAAAAAAUAUUUUUAUCUAUUGCACAGUGCAAAAAUUUUUUUGCCUAUUCGCACUGUGCAAAAAUUUAAAAAUUCAAUUUGCACUGUGCAAUGGCGAAGCAAAAGGAAAUUGAGCCCUAAAAGUGCAUAAAAAGUAAAAAAAAAUAUAAAAAUCGGAUUAAAAAAACACUAAAAUCCAACUUUUUCAGUUGCGAGGGAGGUUACCCAUAUAUGGCGUGGACCCACUACUGGUGGACUGGGAUCGUCUCCGGCGGUGACUACGGCACCCACGACGGCUGCCGCACCUACUCCAUCAAGCCUUGCGCCUUGUACGAGAACCACAAGUGCACCGGCUCCGUCACAACCCCCAAAUGUGAGCACCAAUGCGAGAGCGCCAACCUCAAAUACGACGCCGACAAGAACAAGGGCGGCUUCCCGCACAAGGUCAGCAGCAACGAGAAGAAGAUCCGCGAGGAGAUCUUCAAGAAUGGACCCGUUGAAGCCGGCUUCACCGUCUUCGAGGACUUUAUGAAGUACAAGAGCGGGGUUUAUCAGCACAAGGCUGGCUAUGAACUGGGCGGACAUGCGAUCAAGAUCCUCGGAUGGGGCGUAGAAGAUGGCAUUCCGUACUGGCUGUGCGCCAACUCGUGGACAACUGGGUGGGGAGAGAAGGGAUUCUUCAAGAUCCGCAGAGGCAACAAUGAAUGUGGAAUUGAGGGCGGAAUCGUCGCCGGACUCCCUCGUUUAUAA